CUAUAACUAUCCCGCACUUGACCGCCAGAUGCCGACGACGAUAAUCCAAGUUUUCUAAGAUAACUUUAAUACUCAAGUUUUAUAUUGGACGAGUACGAGUGUGAAAUAAUAGGAAUGCUCACAGUUUUACCGCAAAUUACGAGUGACCGCCAAGCCGCGUGCAAGUGAACAAUAAUAAUUGACAUUCUUAUUAUAAGGUACACCACGCGUGGUGUAUAAAGCCAUCAGAACCAAAUAUUUUUCGUCUAUUUUUCGAUCUAUAAAUCUCCUAUAGAUUUAUAAAUUAUAUAUAAGUGAACGGCUUCGAAAUGUCGUAUUACCCACCAGCGGUGGUUGCGAUCGUGCUGAUCACUUUGCUGUCGACAGAGUACUCCCAUGGCCAAGUUGCGUCGAAUAAUGAGUCCGUCGUGGCGUUAAAUGCUGGAGCAAGUACUUUGGAUGCCGGUAUUCCUGGGUCGUGGGUCUCUGAUCUUUUCUACCAAGCUUUGGCGAAUUUCACCGUGCGACAUGUAGGAAGUUCCGAGUGCCGCAAACAAGUCGAGAUUUACGACAACAGUUUACGAAAUUACACCAGUUGGGCCGUUAGAAUGUCCGAAUCCUGGAACCGUUAUCCCGUUGGUAUACUGGCAGGUAAUAGAUAUCAAAUGGGGGUCUAUGAUGAAUGUGUUGAUGUGCAUCAUCCAAUAAGAGGACAGUAUUGUUUGUCUGAAAUAAAACUAUUUCCACCAGAGGGAAAAAAUUAUGGUUUCAAUAGAACGGAAAAUCUAGACGAUUUUGGCAACAAUCAUGCAUGGAAAACAGUACUCGGGUGGGUGGAUUAUCCAGAUCAAGUUCAACGAAAUAGUUUAAAUUUAGGAAUCUGCAUUCCGAAUUCUUGUACAGCAACAGAUCUUCAAACAUCAUUGCAAAACGAACUGGACAAGGUGUUUUUACCAGAGCAGUUCAAAACUGUUGUUAAAGUAAAUCCGCUCUUGUGUACUGUUAGUGGAGACAUGUAUCCUUACAAUACAGCAUAUUACGUGACCAACGUGAUUUUAGGAGUGCUAUUUUUAAUUUGUGGCGUUUCGACAGCUCAUCAUUAUAUAGCAUUAUCUCGCCAGCAAGAGAAGAAAGAAGACGAGAGAGAAGUUCCAAAAUCAUUUUUCUACAUAUUUUCUUUUAUUCAUUCGUUUAAAAUAUUAUUGAAAUUUGAUAAAGAAAACGAAUUUAAUAUGCUAAAUGGUUGGAAAGCGAUUUUGAUGUUUACAAUUUUAAUGGGUCACAGAUUUAUGUAUUUAGUUGGAAAUCCAAUAACUAAUCCUAAAUUCAUAGAAAAUAUGUACCUCAACGGACGCCAGCUUUAUUUGACUAGUAUGAACUUGACUGAUCCUUUUUUUUUCAUAACUGGUUUUUUGAUAUAUUCAACAUUAUUACCGAUUUAUAAAAAAUCAGAAAAGGCAUCAGUCUUGGUACAACUUAUUAUGCCAAUUGUCUACAGAAUUGUCAGAAUAUUACCGGCUUAUUGUGCGAUGAUGGCGAUCACUGCUCACAUCGUACCCCACCUCGGAGACGGCCCGCUAUGGCCUCAUAAAACUUGGGACGAAGCAGAUAUAUGUAAAAACUAUUGGUGGACCAAUAUGUUAUUCAUAAGUAAUUUAAUCGAUUCAAAGUAUGAAUGCCUCAUAGUCAGUUGGUACAUAUCGUGUGAUGUUCAAUUUUGCGUACUUGGAGUUAUUAUUGUUUACAUUUACACAAAGAACAUUAAAUUCGGGAUUGGAUUAUUGAUUGCAAUUCUUGGUGUAUCUAUAUCCGUGCCAUUCGUAAUCACAAUAUUGACAAAAAGAGAUGGAAUAAUUAAAAUACUUAUUCCAUUCUUAGAAAACACACGAUAUUCCGCAACAUUUAAUGAGUCAUACAGAGCAAGUUACGUGCGAGGUUUUCCUUUUUUUAUAGGUAUAGCAACAGGUAUAAUCAUUGAAAAAUUAAAGGAAAACAAAGUAAAAUUUUCACAAAUAACUGUCUACGUUGGAACGUUCACUAUUAGCGUAAUUUGUUUAUGGGUUCAAUUUUAUGGAGCUAUAUUUUAUAAGAGAGAUAGACCUUAUUAUCUAUUAGAUAGGCUCUAUACUCAACAUUUAAUCAUUGCACAUGGUCAUAUUAUUUUCAUGGAUACUUGUUUGCCAUUUCACAAGUGGUUAUGGUCUACUACUAAAAUUCUUUAGUAAUAGAUUCAUUGUACCAAUGGGAAGACUUUCGUAUUCCGUUUUCUUAGUCAACCUCACUGUUAUGAUGAUAUCACAGAGUCGAAUGAGAUCACCUCAUUAUCUUUCAAAAGCAAUUGUGAUUGAUGCUUGGUUAUAUGAUUUAUUGAAAAGUUAUUUAUUCGGCUUACUAUUAUUCCUGGUUGUUGAGGCACCAGUAGGAAGUUUGGCGACAAAAUGUAUUAAACGGAAGUAAAACAUUAUUGUUUUUAUAUAUAAUAUAUUAUUGUCAAUAGUUUUGAUAUUGUAAAAUUCUCAAAAAGUACCUAUAUUUAUUACUAUUUUUUGUAUCUAUACCUAAUUUAUUUUUAAUUGAUGUAUAUGAAUAAACUUAUAUUUGUAUU